UAUUUUGAAAGGUAUGACCGGAUGUGUAUGCGUGUGAUUUUCUCGGACGUACGGCGCUCGUGCUUUCUCAGCAUCGCAGUGUGAGCAGGUAAAUCUUUGUGGUUGAACCCCCAGCGCUGAGUCCAGUAUGAGGCCCGCGGGGCUGACGGGGUCCGGCCGGGAGGAGCACUGAGGAGCCGAGAGGCCUGCUGGGAGGCCCGGAGCGCCGCAGGAGUCAGGCUGACGGACCAACCAUGUGGGAAAACAUGCUUCUGCUACUGAUCCACGCGGUGGAAGCUGCAGUGGCAUCUCAGUGCUGGCAGGGGGCGACCUUCUCCGAGGCCGUGGUGUCUCCCGUGGUCGAGAGCAGCGGUAUUCUGCGGGUGCCCAGCGUGUCGUCCCUGCCGCAGUGCGUGGCGGCGUGCUGCGACCUGCCCGGCUACGACUUGGCGUGGCUGUUCGAGGGCCGCUGCUACGUGCUGAGCUGCCAGCAGAGGGAGAACUGCCAGCCCCGGCAGACGCCUGGCGCCGACUCGUUCCUCGCCUUCCUGCGACGCCCGUCCCCGCAGACACUGGUGCUUCAGUCCCUGGUGAGGGGGGAGCCCUACGGUGGGCGCUGGAGGCCCCUCUCACGCUCGUCUGAGGCGCCCGGCGACUUGGAGGCCCUGAAAGAUCUCUCCCUGUUCGACACGCCACAUCGAGGCUUCCCAGACCCCGGGAUGCUGGAUGUCGAGUACUCAGAGGACAGCCAGGAGGAGAGGGGUGGAGCCAGCCCAGAACAGGAGACCAAUCAGCCACCUUUGAAAGGGGGGGGCAGCUUCAAUCAAUCAGAGGCUGAGGAUGGUCCAGAGAGGAGGCCGACAGAGAGCAGCGCGGCCCCGGGCGUGCGCCAGGGAGAGGAGGGUGGGGCCAAGAGACCGACGGAGGUGGCGCCACAGGAAUCAACGCAGAGCAGCUCCACCUCUCCACCCCUGACACCGGAGACCAGCUCAGAGCCAGCCCACACCUCCAGCAGCCCCACAGCAAACCCAGCUCCACCCCUGCUGGUGUCUCUUGGAAACCCCGUAGAGGCGACCACAGUGAAACCCGCCACUCCAGCUGCUCCUGAACCUACCAGCAGACCCACGUCAGACGCUGUGAAGAUGCUUCAGUCUGCAGCCGGAACUCCACCUUCCACCACCCACCUGACUGUGACCUCUGACCUUACUACCCCGACCUUGUCAGCAGCCAGCUUUAACCCUACGACGGCGACUGAGUCAGCAGCUUCAGCGUCGGUGUCACAGGUUGGAGGGUCAAACCGCGGUCCGGUGGCCGUCGUGGGCCCCGACAGGAGCCUGUCUCUCCCGGUGAGCAGCUUGCUGCUCAACGGCAGCGGCAGCAGUGACGACAGCGGCAUCGUCAGCUACCGCUGGGAGGCGGUCAGCGGGCCUCCCGGGCUGAGGCUGGACGACGCAGAUCAGCCCGUCGCCACAGCCUCGGGGGUUCGGGCGGGGCGCUACACCUUCAGACUGACCGUAUCUGACCAGGAGGGGGCGACAGACAGCGCCUCGCUGACUGUCAAAGUCCCAGAAGCCGGUAGUUUUCUUCCGGUCGCCCACGCCAGCGGCAGCCACUCGCUCACUCUGCCCAACAACUCUCUGGUCCUCAGAGGUUCGGUGACCAACGCCGAUCAGACCGUGGUGCACUUCCUGUGGACCCGGGACAGCCAGAGUCCUGCUGCCGGGGACGUACUGUACGGCUCGGAUACUCAGCCCUCGCUCUACCUCGCCAACCUGGUCGAAGGCACCUACCUGUUCCAGCUGAAGGUGACCAACGCGCAGGGGCACUCCGGCUCCGCCACGGCCACUGUGGAGGUGCGACCAGAGCCCGGCGGCGGUGAGCAGGUGGAGCUGGAGAUGCUGGUGUCGGUGUCUCAGGUGAGCGUGGCUCAGAGAGACACGGUGGUCCGACAGCUCGCCGCUCUGAUCCACGUCCUUGACAGCGACCUCCACGUGCGAGCGCUGCAGGGACACUCCCACAUCAGCACCGUGUUGCGGUUCUCCGUGCAUGGCGCCUCGGGGCCCCUCUCUGCCUCCCGAUUGGUCGGCGUGCUGCGCAGCCAGCUGCUCUUCGAGAAAAGCGACUACCUGUUGUUCAGAGUCCUGAGGGUGGACACAGUCUUGUGUCUGCUCAGCUGUUCGGGGCGUGGUCAGUGCGAUCCAAUCACCAAGCAGUGUGCCUGCGACCCCUUCUGGACCGAGAACCUGAUUCGUCGUUACCUUGGCGACGGAGAGAGCAACUGUGAGUGGAGGGUCCUGUACGUCAUCCUGACCAGCUUCGUGCUCGUCGUCCUCAUCCUGUCGCUCGGCUGGACGUUCAUCUGCUGCUGUAAGAGGAGACGACAGACCAAAGCGAGGAAGAAAACCAAAUACACCAUCUUGGACAACAUGGACGAGCAGGAGAGGGUGGAGCUCCGCCCCAAAUUCAGUAUCAAGCACCGCAGCACGGAGCACAACUCCAGCCUCAUGAUGUCCGAGUCGGAGCUGGACAGCGACCAGGACACCAUCUUCAGCCGCGACCGGCCGGUCCGCAGCAGGAACCGCAUCAGCACCAUGGCUGCCCGCAACGGCGACGCCUUCGGAUGACGGGGCGGCCGACCUCUCGCAGACGCAGAAUGGUGCAUUCUGGGAUGUGUAUGAGGGACCACAUUACCCAGUUUUCAAGAGAAUGCUAACAUGUCCCAUUUCAAAGGACGCAAGGAACUCGAGACCUGGAGGACGGACGCGCGUCUGCUCGGACGUAAGAGGAAGAGCGAGAGGGCGGGACACAUCAGGCAUCGCACCACCGCCACGUGCCCGAUUCACAGCUGUGAGCUCGUUAGCUAACAGAGCGCUCACCAGGAAACACGGCAGAGUCAGCUGACGACGGCGUCCGAUCACACGGUCGUGGUUCGUUUGAGCCCGGGUCACAGACGCCGUCCGCCGGGUUAAACUUCAUCAACGUUUGUU